UCAUGUGAAGUAUGUGGUGAUAAGAGCUACGGGAAACAUUAUGGUGUAUUUUGUUGUGACGGUUGUAGCUGUUUCUUUAAAAGAAGUAUACGUAAAAAUAUCAAUUAUACGUGUAUUGGAAAGGGAACAUGUAUUAUUGAUAAAGCCAGAAGAAAUUGGUGUCCAUAUUGUCGCCUUAAGAAAUGUCUUAGUAUCAACAUGAAUCGUAAUGCUGUGCAAGAAGAAAGAGGACCGAGAAAAAAUAAAGGAACACGUCGGAAUCCAUACGAUAAAAAUAGAAGAACAUCAACUGCAUCAGAUUCGCCAUCAUCAUCUAGCCAUCAUCAAUCUCUAGAGUCAGAUCACCUACCAACCAGCCAGAUACAUCGGUUGUCUUGGAAUUCAUAUUUCACUAUUACUAUAUGCCAACAGAUCUUAAUGUCAUCAUUACGGCGGUUACACUACAACCGAAUAUUCCGGUCUCUUUAUCCAGCUGAUCAGAUGCUACUGGUUCAAAAUACGUGGAGUGAACUAUUUCUUCUUUCUGCAGCAUAUUGGCCAGUAGACAUCUGCCAGAUUAUACACAUGGCUAGUUGUAAAAUUAAGAAGAUACUAGCAGGUUGUCAGUCACUGAAGGUUGACAAUACAGAACUACCGUAUCUAGAAACUAUACUGGUUUUACGAAAUGGUAAGAAACCAAGUUAUCUCCCUUGA